AAUUAGCAAAGCGGAACCUUUUCAUUUUCAGCUGAGAUUUUUAUAGUGUUGUUUAUUCUUCGAGGGUUUUAGGAUUGGCUACCUCAAACCAAUUUGAUCAAUCGAAUUUUCAUCUCUCUCUUUCUUCUAUCCUGCAAACCUUAUAGAAAUUUCCUCAAGGUGUGCAGUGAUUUUACGAGAAUGUCUCGGGUCUAUGUUGGGAAUUUGGAUCCUCGGGUCACUGAGAGGGAUCUCGAAGACGAGUUUAGGAUUUUCGGCGUUCUCCGCAGUGUAUGGGUAGCUCGAAGGCCUCCUGGUUAUGCGUUUAUUGAGUUUGAUGAUCGCAGGGAUGCUAUUGAUGCAAUUCGUGAACUGGAUGGAAAAAAUGGUUGGCGAGUGGAACUUUCUCAUAAUUCAAAAGGUGGUGGAGGCCGUGGUGGGCGCCGUGGUGGGGGUGAGGAUUUAAAGUGUUAUGAGUGUGGUGAACCUGGUCACUUUGCUCGCGAAUGCCGCUCGCGUUAUGGAUCACGAGGCCUGGGAAGUGGCCGGCGUCGAAGCCCCAGUCCUCGUCGCCGUAGGAGUCCAAGUUAUGGGUAUGGGCGCAGGAGCUAUAGUCCACGUGGAGGAAGAUCUCCUCGGCGCCGCAGCAUAACACCUCGCCGUGGUCGGAGUUACAGCAGGUCGCCUCCAUAUCGUUAUUCUCGUCGUGAUUCACCUUAUGCAAAUGGAGAUUAAAGUGGGAACUGAAGCAAAAUCUGAAAUGACAGCACCUAUGGCAAACAAAUAUUCAAAUACUAUAGUUUCAAAUAGGUUCAGUGAACAAAAAAGGAUUUAGGUUACUUGUGUUCGUUUUGUGACGGUUAGGUUGUUAGAGCUUGUGGUUUUGCACGGCUUCCACUCUGCAAAGUGUUAGGGUUCCUUGGACCCCCUUCUGCGGUAGCUUGCUUACUGUCUUCAGCGUAUGAAACUUGGAGGUCCUGUUUCUUACUUUAUAUGGUUAUCUACUUAUUAUAUUGUUAACUGUUAUGUUUAAAAUUUAGCUCAGUUACUUUGCUAUUGUAAGCUUAUUUAUCUGAAGGAUUUUAAUGUUUUGUGUUGAGGUGUGAGAUUUGGAAGUAAGGGCAGAGCAUCCAAUCCUUUGGCCAUUUUAAUGCAUCUUAGUGCACCACUUGAAUCAGUUGAUCUACUUAGUCAUCGCUCCCUGCAUAUUGUAGAAGCUUGAGUUACAUGUUGAAUUCGCAUCGCAUCGUAUCGAAUCGCUAGUAGUAACUAUCGGAUUUUGGUUGCCACCUUGUGUUGGUGCAUGUAUCUGCAACAAAGCUCUUCUAAUUUCUUAUGCAGAUGAAGCCAGAUAGUUUUUUGGUUACACACCAGAAAACAAAAAUAGAAGCAUUGCCAUCAAAGUUUUUUUAUAUUGUUUCUCUGACCUUGAUUUUAACUUUGUUUUUGAUUUGAUAAGAGGUUGGUUGGUUAGGGAAUAUGAAAUUUUUUUUUUUAAAUUAAAAGAUUUUUGAAAUGAAGUUAUUUAAUAUACUUCAAUUCAAAAAAUUCAAUGUUUGUAAUUGUGUAGGUAAAUGUUUCUUAGAAUUAAAUUUUUUUUUCUAUUGGCUUUAACAGUGUAUAAUUUUAUUUAGACAUUUUUCAUUUUUUUAAUAUUUUCCCCAAAA